CACAUUCGUCAUUUAAACCCAGGCGGGAAAGUACAAUUAACGUUGGGCUCUCGUGAAGUCUACGUUGAAAGUGUAUGUCCCGCUUGUAUCAGUUUGUAGGGUGAAAAAUUUGAACAACAUGGUGAGGACGAAGGCAGACAGUGUCCCCGGAACUUACAGAAAAGCUGUGGCUGCAUCUGCACCCAGGAAGUCAUUGGGUGCCUCGAGUUCUGCAAAUGCAUCAAGCAGCUCUCAAGCAGGCACCCCUGCAAAGAGUAAAUUUGCUGGCGGGAAUCCUGUGUGUCCUCGGCCCACCCCAACUUGGCAAAAAGGCAUUGGGGAUUUCUUUGGUGGGCCCGGCUGGAAGCCUGAGAAAGAGAACCAGCUCCCCCAGUCAGAUGAUGAAGAGGCCGGAGGUAGUGGAGUGUCCAAGGCAUCCAAGAAAUCCAGACCACUGCCUGGUGAAGACGAUGAUGAAUGAGCUUAGCCAAUGGUGUCCCAAUUGAAAAGCCAUUGCUUCUAGUACUCGAAUGGGCUGGCAGAUUUAAUGUAUAUCUUUGUAUAUAAUUGAUUAAUUCGUGGUUUUUGUACAGAAGUUAAUAAACCCUUUUUUGUAUGCAUGA